AUGCUGAGACUUCUCAUUUUGGCUGCUGUUGUCCUCUGCGGACGUUGUUCAGAGGGGUCGCUUGAGGACCAUGGACGUGUUGUUGGGGGCUACAAUGCACAGAAGAAUUCAUGGCCAUCACAGAUUUCCCUCCAGUACUAUUCAGGCGGAGGGUGGCAUCAUACAUGUGGUGGGACACUGGUGAGGCAAAACUGGGUGAUGACAGCAGCUCACUGUGUGGACAGGAACAUGAAUUUUCGUGUGGUUGUUGGUGACCACAAUAUUUAUCAACAGGAAGGCACAGAGCAGUAUUUAAGUGUGGGCCGUAUUUUUGUGCAUCCAUAUUGGAACAGCAAUAAUGUCGCUGCAGGCUAUGACAUUGCACUGCUCCGUCUCUCUCAGAGUGCAGUUCUCAACAACUAUGUGCAGCUUGGAUCUUUGCCCCCAUCUGGACAGAUCCUCCCCAACAACAAUCCCUGUUACAUCACUGGCUGGGGGAGGACCAAAACUAAUGGCCAGCUGGCCUCAGUCCUGCAGGAAGCCUUGCUCCCUGUGGUGAGUUACUCAACCUGCUCCACUUCGGCCUACUGGGGCUCAACAGUCAAGGACACCAUGGUGUGUGCUGGAGGGGAUGGUACACGCUCUGGAUGCCAGGGGGAUUCUGGGGGACCUCUGAACUGCCUGGUGAAUGACAAAUACUAUGUCCACGGAGUCACUAGCUUUGUUUCCAGCAGCGGAUGUAAUGUCUUACGGAAACCCACCGUAUUCACCCGUGUCUCUGCAUACAUUUCCUGGAUCAAUAAUGUAAUUUCCUCCAACUGAACAAGCUAGAAAACAGA